CAUGGAGAUUUUCAACUUAAUAGCAUUGGCUCUGACAUUAUUCCUAGCAAUAGUGCCAAAGAUGGAGAGCCAAAUAAAGCCUAUUCCAAAAACCCCUCGUCCACUUUGUGCAUCUCAAUUUGCACUAGUGAACUACGCUUGUUCGAGGUUGCCAUUCUCCCCCGGUGUCCCACCGGAUUCCCCGUCCCCUGACGAAGAAAACAACAACCACCACAAUCGCAGCCACAGACAUGGCCAUAGACAUGGACACAGACAUAGGCACCACCAAACCCCUGAUGAAGAUAACUGUUGCCGGUGGGCUAAGGAAGUUGACCACCAAUGUGUGUGUGAACUUCUACUGCGCUUGCCACCCUUCCUUAUUAGACCUUCGCAUCAGUACACACUCAAGGUUGGAGCAUCGUGUGAUAUCACUUACUCAUGCGGUGCACCAAUAUGAUUCAAUGUUCUCAAACUUGCAUUUUAAGUCAUCCAAGUUAAAUCACUCCAAUCUUGUGUUCAGUUUUAAGGACUAACAUCAUACUUAAUUAUCGUUUCUCCAGGGUUCUGUAGUCUUGUUAUCUAGCUGUUGUUUGUUUGCU